UUAGCGGUGCUAGAAGCCCUGAUGAAGUGGGAGGACAAGCUCCUGGAUCAUCAUUUCAAGGUGGUGACUGACCACCAUGCAUUCAUCAUUCUGCACAACAAGUGCAAACUAUCACUGUGCUUAGAGUGGUGGAUUGAGUACUUGAGCUGCUUUGACUUUGAACCAAUCUAUGUGGAAGGUUUGACCAAUCACGUGGCUGACUCA